GUUUGCGCCUGCCCGACUCCUCACGCCGCCUGCCUCUUUCUCAUUCUCUACCGGGAAUCGGCCUUCCUUCCGUCGUAGGUAGAAAUUUAUCAGAUUGACCGGAGGGGAAGCGGCAGCCGAUUUGCUUGCUUAUGAGGAGGCCAAGGUUUGUUUCUGCCUCUCCAGUCCUUAAAGCAAAAAGCGACUUCGGCGUAACGAAGAGCCGCCGGGGCGGCGCUUUCCUAGCCGGUUCCUUCAGGGAAGCGCAGCACCCUGGGACGCUGCGGCUGAAAAGCCGGCCUGUCUCAUAGUUUUUGAUUCAAUGGACUUAGUAUUAACUGCAGCAUAAAAAAAUGAAUGAUGAUACUUUAGGGUAUCCUUAAAAGUAUGCUGAAUGCUGAGAGCAACAUUCGUUAUAUAGGUAUGCAGUAUAAAUAUUGGCGAUGACUCUUCAGGAAAUGGUUCAAACUGCAGCCAGGCUAUAUGCUGAGAGAAGAGCAGUGUGCUUUGACGAAUGCAACAAUCAGACUCCAGUUGUCUACACGUACAAGACAGUUAUCAAUCUAGCCACAGAACUUACAGAUUUCCUGAGGGAACAUUGUCAUCUCUCUGAAAAUGUCGAAAUAGGCCUCUACUGCCACACAGGGAUAAAUCUGCCUUCUUGGAUUAUAGGAAUUCUCCAGGUACCAGCUGCAUAUUCUCCUAUUGAUCCUGAUGUCCCACCAAACCUGUCUGCUUUUUUCAUGAAGAAAUGUAACUUCCAAUACAUCCUUGUAGAAAAAGACAAAGUUGAUAAAUUUACAGCAGCACAUGGAUAUUUGUUCAGCUGUAAUUCCCUUGAAAUGCAAAAAGUUGGUUUAAUUCUUUUCCAGCAGAACAACAGUAAUACAAAUGUAAAUCCAUUGUUACAACAUGUGAAUGAGAAAAAUGAAAGCUUUGCAAUGACAAACAGCUGGGAAUCUCAUAUCUUGGACAAAGAUGAGACAAAACCAUCGAAAGAACUGUUGGAUGUUAGACAAAAACACUCUAUAGCAUAUGUUUUGCAUACAUCUGGAACAACAGGAGUCCCCAAGAUUGUCAGAGUGCCCCAUAAAUGCAUAGUACCAAACAUUCUUCAUCUUCGAGAGAUAUUUAAAAUCACCCCAGAUGACACAGUGUUCAUGGCCUCUCCCUUGACAUUUGACCCAUCUGUAGUUGAGCUCUUCAUUGCUUUGGCAACUGGGGCUUCACUUCUUAUCGUACCUAAAAUGAUUAAAAUGAUGCCACAGGAGUUGUCCAAGGUUCUCUUUCAGCACCACAGGGUAUCAGUGUUACAGGCUACACCAACCCUUCUGAGAAGAUUUGGAGUUCAGCAUAUUAAAUCAACUGUGCUGUCUGCAGAUACAUCUCUGCGAAUCUUGGCUCUUGGUGGAGAAGCCUUCCCUGGACUAGAUGUGCUGAGAAGCUGGAGAGGAAAAGGAAACAAAACUCACAUAUUUAACAUGUAUGGUAUUACAGAAGUCUCCUGCUGGGCCACUUGCUACAACGUUCCUGAGGAGUUUUUUAGCACUGAUCACCGAUUUGAUUUGCUUGUACCACUUGGAACCCCACUGUCUGGAACGAUAGUUGGAGUCAAAGCGGCUAAUGGUUCUGCCAUUCUAGAAGGUGAAGGUCAAGUGUUCCUAGGAGGUGAAGAACGUGUCUGUUUCCUUGAUGAUGAAGUAACACUGCCUAUGGGCACAGUUAGAGAAACUGGAGACUUUGUAAUAGUUAAGGAUUGUGAGAUGUUUUUCUUGGGACGAAAAGACAAUCAAAUUAAGCGUCAUGGGAAGCGUCUUAACCUUGAAUAUGUACAGCAGAUUGCAGAAGGCUGCUGUCAAGUGGAAACCUGUGCUGUGAUAUGGUAUCAGGAGGAAAAAUUAAUUAUUUUCGUUGUGCCCAAAGACAUUUUUAAGAAGAGAGAUCUUCUGAAGAAACUCAAGGAAUGUCUUCCUAGCUAUGCAGUCCCGGAUGAACUUUUGCUGAUUGACAGUUUGCCAGUAACAUCACAUGGCAAAAUUGAUGUGUCUGAACUGAGCCUGAUUUAUAAUAAUCAUCUGAACUCUAGAAAGAGAGACAGUAAGCUGAUCAAGGAAGAAGAAUUAUGGGAAAGAUUGCAGAGUGUGUGGAAGUCUCUCCUAAACCUUCCAGAUGAUUCCGGCAACAUUUUAAAAGACUCAUUGUUUUUGCACAGUGGUGGAGAUUCCUUAAAAUCAUUGCAGUUCCUUGAUGAAAUUGAACAUAUGGUAGGCAGGACUGUCCCCAGCCUCUUGGAAAUUAUUCUCAGUAACUCCAUUGGAGAAGUGUACAACCAUGUCCUAAAAACAGUUUUCCCAAAGGAUGACUUAAAAUUAAGCUGCAGUGGUGCUGUAAAAAGAAAAGUGAGUGGGGGCAGCAGCGAAGAGCCCAGUAAAAAGUAUGGCGAACCAAAAUCAGAAAGGUCCUUGGCAGCUGAGGCAGCUGCAGUUAGAUUUAUUGCAGUAAGCCGAGGAAACCGGUCAUUGUCCAUUGGUGAGCCCCUGAAGAAGGAGGAUAUAAGUGAGAGUGAAAUUUUGAAGAGUAAGUGUGAUAAAGGAAAGUUCAGCAAUGCAAAUAUAAUGGAAACGGAGUCUAUUAAAAAAAGUCCUGGACAAGAAACUCUUGGACAAACAGCUGAGAAGUUGAUGUUGCACAUACGAUGGAAAUCAGACCUGGGCAAAUGUGUGGAUGCAUCUCCAUUGAUUCUGAUAUCGAUCACUGAAAAAGUAUCUGCCUUCGUAUAUAUUGGGUCCCAUUCGCAUGUGAUUCAAGCACUUGACCUACAUUCAGGAGAUGUCAAGUGGGAGAGAAAACUUGCUGAUCGUAUUGAAUCUUCCGCUUGUGCAUCUAAAUGUGGGAACUUCAUCAUUGUUGGAUCUUAUAAUGGAGUGGUAUAUGUACUCAGAAGCAAUAAUGGUGAAAUACACUGGUCAUUUGCCACUGAUGACGCUGUGAAAAGUUCUGCAGCUGUGGAUCCUUCCACAGGGCUGGUCUUCAUUGGAUCGCAUGACCAGCAUGUAUAUGCUUUAGAUAUUUAUAAAGAAGAGUGUGUCUGGAAGUUGCACACUGAAGGUGGAGCUGUAUUUUCCUCUCCGCAACUCCAUCUUUUACCCCAUCACCUGUACAUUGCAACACUCGGGGGACUGCUACUAGCCAUAAAUCCCCUUAUGGGGAAUACAGUUUGGAAAAGAGGUUGUGGAAAGCCUCUCUUCUCCUCACCACAUUGCAACGAGGACUAUGUGUGUGUGGGUUGUGUAGAUGGAAAUUUGUAUUGCUUUAGCCAUUUUGGAGAAAAGGUUUGGGAGUUUUCCAGCAAUGGACCAAUUUUUUCAUCACCAUGUAUUUCAAAUUUAGCAAAAGAUACAUUCUUCGGUUCUCACGACUGCUUUACCUACUGCUGUGAUAUGGAAGGUAAUUUAUUGUGGAAAUUUGAAACCACGUCUGCUGUAUAUGCGACCCCAUUUGUUUUCCAUAGUCAUGGUAAAACACUACUGGCAGUGGUAUCUACAGAUGGCAGCAUAUGGAUCCUGAACAGCAAGAGUGGGUUAGUAGAAGGGACAGGGAAACUUCCAGGAGAAGCGUUCUCCUCUCCUGUGGUGUGGGGUACAAUGAUCAUUGUGGGCUGUAGAAACAACUAUGUUUAUUGCUUAGAUGUAUGUCUGUCCGAAACCAAUAAAAUUGUAUAACUGA